GCAGCUUUCUCGUGGGGUCCGAGUGCAGCGGCGUGCAGAGGAGGCGGAGCCGCACCUGGAGCCCUCUGAGAAGUCUAUUGAGACAAUGAUGAAGUUCUCCAAUCAGUAUGCCAAGGUCACGGGCACGAAGUACUGUGAGGAUAAGAGUGUUCCGGCCGUGGUCAUUGUCGGCCUGGCCUUGCACAAGGAGACCUUGGGCGCUCCACUCUGCCCUUGCCGGCACUAUGAGGACAAGGAGAAAGAGGUAAAGGAUGGGUACUGGAACUGUCCAUGCGUUCCAAUGCGCGAAAGGCACGAGUGUCACUGCAUGCUCUUCCUGAAGGAUGACAAUCCGUUCGCGCAAGGGACCAAGACACGGGUCCUGAUUUGCUGA